AAAAUUGACGGUUCGUAAAAACCGGUCAUCGGCCUUUCGAAAACCUAUAUAUAAGCAUUCUCUUCGUCCCAUCUUUGACACUCCAAAUCAAGCACAAGUACAACGCUUAAGUGAUCGGAGCUAUUUUAGGGUUUUUCUUUCUUCAUCGCUGAUCGACAAUGAGUACGGAAGGUUCGACUAAAGGCGGGAGAGGUAAAUCUAAAAUAACAAAAUCAGUCUCCAGAUCUCAGAAAGCUGGCAUCCAAUUCCCCGUCGGUAGAAUCGCUCGAUUCCUCAAAGCCGGUAAAUACGCGGAACGUGUUGGUGCCGGAGCUCCAGUCUAUCUCGCUGCCGUUCUUGAAUACCUCGCUGCUGAGGUCCUUGAAUUGGCGGGAAAUGCAGCGAGGGAUAAUAAGAAGAAUCGGAUUGUUCCGAGGCAUAUACAGUUGGCUGUGAGAAACGAUGAGGAAUUAAGCAAGCUUUUGGGGACUGUUACUAUUGCUAAUGGCGGCGUUUUACCUAAUAUUCAUCACAAUCUGUUGCCUAAAAAGUUUGGGAAGGGGAAGGAUGAGAUUGGAUCUGCUUCGCAAGAAUUCUAA